GAGGCGGGAGGAGGCUCGUUGUGUUUAAAAUGGCAGCAAACAGUGCAGUUGACAAUGUCUAACCUACCUCCUGCGGAUGUGCAGCCCUUUAGGAAGAUGGCCAGUUCCCAUCACCGCCGGGUGAAGGUGGUGGUCCGGCUCCGACCCUACCAGUCCACAGAGGAUGAGCAGCAGGAGGGCCCCUGUGUGCGUGGCCUAGGCACCCGCUCGCUGGAACUUGUGAACUGGAGGAGCCGGACAGAAUCCAUGCAGUACAACUUCGAUGCUUUUUAUGGUGAUGACACCUCACAGCUGGAAUUCUAUGUGAAUUCAGUGAAACCGAUCCUAUCCCAUGUCCUGAAUGGACAGAAUGCCAGUGUCUUUGCCUAUGGCCCUACGGGAGCAGGUAAGACCCACACCAUGCUGGGCAGUCCCAAACAGCCCGGAGUGGUCCCUCGUUCUCUGCUGGACAUAUUUCGCAUGGUACAGGAGCAGAGUGACCAGCUGUGUGGACCUUCCUGGAGAUUUAAUGUGACCAUGUCCUACUUGGAGAUCUACCAGGAGAAGGUGUUGGAUCUACUGGAGACCACGCACCAAGACUUGGCGAUUCGAGAGGACCAAGACAAGAACAUCUUCGUCCCCGACCUGACACAGCAGCGCAUCACCAGCUUCGUGGAGUUUGAGCAGUUCUUUCUGCCAGCCACACAAAGACGGACCACAGCCAGCACCAAGUUGAAUUGUCGGUCCAGUCGCAGCCACUCUGUGCUCCUGAUUAAGGUGGUGAAAUUGCAGCAAGAGGCACCAUUCCGAGAGCUGACAGGGAAACUCUACCUCAUUGACCUGGCAGGAUCGGAGGAUAAUCGCAGGACCGGGAAUGAAGGUAUCCGGCUAAAGGAGAGUGGGGCCAUCAACAACUCCCUCUUUGUGUUGAGUAAAGUGGUGGAUGCACUGAACCAGGGCUUGUGCAGGAUUCCCUACAGGGACAGCAAGCUAACCCGUCUGCUGCAGGAUUCUCUGGGAGGCACGGCCCACAGUGUAAUGAUAACUAACAUCGCUCCAGAAUACAAGUACUACUUUAACACGCUCACCGCCCUCAACUUUGCUGCCAAAUCCAAGCUGGUGGUCAACCGUCCUUUCACACAGGAAACCAUCCAGCCUAUCGGCAUUUGCCCUUCAAAGCGUUCCUGUGAAGGUUCAUCUUCAAGUUUGCAACAUCCAGCCAAGAGAACAAAAUCAGGAGAGUCUGUGAGUCCUGAUUCCUCGGAGGAGCUGGUGUUUAGCCCCUUCCUGAAGCCGGGAGAAUAUGACCCAGAGGCCUUUGACUCGGACGUGUUGGAACGAAUUUCCAAUCUGGAAAAGAUGCUGCGGAAACACUGCAAGAAUGGUCUUCCAGUACUGGGAACACCCAAAGAGGAACGUCUCCAACUCCUAAAAAAACUGGAGGAGAGUAGGCUUCAGAUAGAGAAACUGGAGCAGAGACAGAAGCAGCUGGAGCAAGUGCUCGCUUUGCAAGGAACGGCAGUGGGACAAACCCCGAGGAAGGAGACCUUGUUGAACAGGAAUCAUCCUGGAGCUCUGUGCAGAGGCUCAGUGGCCAAGCUGAGACAGCAGGCGAUAGUGACACCGCUACAGCGUCUGGAUAACGGUCAGUUACUCAAAACCGGCGACACACUGGUGCUGAAGAGGAGAGAGAAACUGGAUAACAAGGAAUGCAGCAGUGACUUGGAGAAUGAGUUUGAGCUGACCGUGGAUCAUGAACUGACUCAGAGACACAAGGAUUACAUCCUGAACAUUCUCAACACCGGAGACCUGAAGCAGCUGAAGACCCUGCAAAGGGUGGGGGACAAGACUGCCAGGCUCAUCAUGAGCUGGAGGGAACACAAUGGACCUUUCAGUCAGAUCGAGGAGCUGGAGAAGAUUGGGAUGUCAUUGAGAACUCUGUCCACUUUCAUGAGGGCCAACGUGAUGAGCUGUAUGGGGAGGUGAAUACCUGGUGUAGAUGAAGGAUCACCACAUCUUUCCAAGCUGUCUUAAUUGUAUGUGCCGGAGUCUGGUGUGACAGUAGAAGCCUUCAGUUCUCUGUGUGUGUGUGUGUGUGUGUUUCCUCUGCCUGUUCCUACAACAAGCUCCAAAUUCAAACAGGGAGGUCCUGACUGCUCAUGAAGAAACUGUGAUUGAUAACUGUCUUCUGGCAAGUGUGUGCAGUCUGGAGAGUGUGGUGUGUCAAGUGUAUGGUGCUGGAUUAGCACAGCAGUUCAGGCAGCAUCUGAGGAGCAGGAGAGUUCACAUUGAAGAGCUGACGAAGGGCGGGCUUAUGGCCGAGAUGUCAAUUCUCCUCCUGCUCUUUGGGUGCUGCCUGACCUGCGCUUUUCUAGCACCACACUCGACUCUGAUCUCCAGUCCUUGUUCUUCCCUCUGCCUGUGCUGUGUCUGCUUUGUACGGGGUCACAAACCUCCCUCCUGGCCAUUAGCAAUCAGUGUUUCAGAGCUGGCUUCUCCUGUGUUAUUAAAGUAGGAAUCUUGUCAGAAUGGAAUGGAGCUGAGAAUGUAUAUUUCCACCUCAGCUCACAUGUCACUGCUAUUGUAUUUUAACCAUUUGUUUCUUGUCUUUAGCAAAUCCUUUAUU